GGCUUGCCGAUUAAUAUUAUUGUUGGUUCUCAUGUUUGGGUUGGAGAUCCAGAAUUGGUCUGGGUUGAUGGACAAGUUUCAAACAUUGAUGGAGAGGAAGCUGAGAUUCAAACUAGCAAUGGAAAGAUGGUUGUUGCAAAAGUUUCAAAAGUAUAUCCAAAAGAUAUGGAAACUCCUACAGAUGGAGUAGAUGACAUGACUAAGCUAUCUUACUUGCAUGAACCUGGGGUUCUGCAUAAUUUGGCAACCAGAUAUGAGAUCAACGAAAUUUAUACUUACACUGGGAACAUUCUCAUAGCCAUAAAUCCAUUUCAAAGCCUUUCCCAAUUGUAUGAUGCAUACAUGAUGGAACUGUACAAGGGAGCUCCAUUUGGAAAACUAGGUCCUCAUGUAUUUGCCAUAGCUGAUUUUGCUUAUAGGCAGAUGGUCAAUGAGGGAAAGAGCAAUUCUAUUCUGGUAAGUGGCGAAAGUGGCGCUGGUAAGACCGAGACAACUAAAAUGCUUAUGCGCUACCUUGCCUUCGUUGGUGGCCGUUCUGCAGCUGAAGGAAGAACAGUUGAGCAGCAAGUUUUAGAAUCGAAUCCAGUUCUUGAAGCAUUUGGCAAUGCCAAAACUAGCAGAAAUAACAAUUCCAGUCGCUUUGGGAAAUUUGUAGAGAUUCAGUUUGACAAGCGUGGUAGAAUAUCAGGAGCAGCCAUUAGGACUUACCUUUUGGAAAGAUCUCGUGUUUGCCAAAUAUCAGAUCCUGAGCGCAACUAUCAUUGUUUUUAUCGUCUAUGUGCAGCUCCUCCUCAGGAGAGAGAGAAAUAUAAAUUGGGGGAUCCUAGAUCAUUUCAUUAUCUUAAUCAAUCUAAUUGUUAUGAAUUGGUUGGUGUGAGUGAUGCUCAUGAUUAUCUUACAACUAAGAGAGCCAUGGAGAUUGUUGGAAUAAGUGAAAAAGAACAGGAUGCAAUUUUCAAAGUGGUGGCAGCAAUUCUUCAUUUGGGCAAUAUUGAAUUCGCUAGGGGAGAAGAUAAUGAUUCGUCAGUUGUUAAAAAUGAAAUGUCCUUAUUCCAUCUUCAAAUGACAGCAGAACUUCUCAUGUGUAAUCCGAAUGCACUGGAAGAUGCACUUUGUAAGCGUGUAAUGAUUACUCCAGAAGAAGUUAUUAAAAGAAGCCUCGAUCCUGUUGGUGCAACAGUUAGUAGAGAUGGCUUAGCCAAGACAAUAUAUUCUCGGUUGUUUGACUGGUUGGUGGACAAAAUUAAUGAUUCCAUAGGACAAGACCCUUACUCCAACUGUCUGAUUGGUGUCCUUGAUAUCUACGGCUUUGAAAGCUUCAAAAAUAAUAGUUUUGAGCAGUUCUGUAUUAAUUUUACAAAUGAAAAGCUGCAACAACAUUUCAACCAGCAUGUGUUCAAGAUGGAGCAAGAGGAAUACAUAAAAGAGGAAAUCAACUGGAGCUACAUAGGAUAUGUUGAUAAUCAAGAUGUGCUUGAUCUCAUUGAAAAGAAACCAGGUGGGAUUAUUGCUUUGCUUGAUGAAGCCUGUAUGUUUCCAAAGUCAACUCAUGAAACAUUUUCACAAAAGCUUUAUCAGACAUUCAGAGAUCACAAACGCUUCAUCAAGCCAAAAUUGGCUCGAUCAGAUUUUAGCAUAUUGCAUUAUGCAGGAGAGGUUCAAUAUCAAUCUGAUCAAUUUCUCGACAAGAACAAAUAUUAUGUUGUUCCUGAACAUCAAGAUUUGUUGAGUUCUUCAAGAUGUUCUUUUGUAGCUGGUUUAUUUCCUUCACUUUCCGAUGAGUCAGCUAAAUCUUCAAAGUUUUCUUCUAUUGGUUCCCGUUUUAAGCUACAACUGCAACAACUGAUGGAAAUAUUAAAGUCUACAGAGCCCCACUACAUCAGAUGUGUUAAGCCAAAUGAUCUUUUAAGACCUUCGAUUUUUGAUAACAUGAGCAUCAUGCAACAAUUACGUUCUGGUGGUGUUUUGGAAGCAGUCAGGAUAAAAUGUUCCGGUUACCCUACUUACAGGAGCUUUUUUGAAUUUUUAACUCGAUUUGGCAUCCUGGCACCAGAGGUUUUAAAAGGAAACUGUGAUGAGAAGGUUGGAUGCGAACAGAUUUUGGAAAAGAUGGGGCUCAGUGGCUAUCAGAUAGGCAAAACAAAGGUUUUCUUAAGAGCCGGCCAGAUGGCUGAGCUAGAUGCACGAAGAACAGAAAUACUUGGGAAGUCUGCUAAGAUUAUACAACUGAAAACUAGAACCAGAAUAGCUCGUAGAAGAUUUGUUUCUAUGCAGAAGGCUUCAAUUGAUGUACAAUCCUUUUGGAGAGGAAAAUUGGCUCGAAAUGUAUACAAGACUAGAAAAAGGGAGGUUGCUGCAGUCAAAAUUCAGAAGAAUUUACGUAGAACCGUUGCCAGAAAAGACUAUCAGCGAAUCAAGUCAUCUGCAAUUGUGUUGCAGACAGGUUUACGGGCAUUGGCUUCUCGUCAUGAUUUUAGAUAUAGAAAGCAAUCUAAUGCAGCCGUUGUUCUUCAGGCUUCUUGGCGUCGGUAUAGAGCUUUCUCGGAUUAUCAGAAUCUUAGAAGAGCUUCAGCCAUAUCUCAAUGCCGAUGGAGGGGAAGAAUUGCCAAUAGAAACACUAGCAAACAAGAUACGAUUGAUGAUAUCAAAGAACCAAAAAGAGAACAGAGAAAAAAAUUGCAACUUAAUCCUAGCAAGGGUGAAGAAUCAGAUUUGUUGUUUGAAUGCCAAGUUGCUCAGCAAGAGAUUGAAUCAUCUGAUCCUAUUGUUGAAGAACCUUCUAGUCUUGAUGAUGCUACAAAGGUUGGGAUCCUCACUGCUGAAGUCAAAAGUUUGAAGGCCAUGCUAAAUGCAGAAAGACGACGAGCUAAUGAUUGUGAAAUGAAAUACAGAGAAGCCCAUGAAUCAAGCGAGGAAAUGUAUAGGAAAUUAGAAGAAAGUGAAAGAACAGUUGAUAAACUCCAGGAUUCCUUGAACAGGAUGAUACGUUGCAUGUCAAACCAAUUUUCCGAGCUGAAAUCGAUCUUGAGUACUUCAUCAAAAUUAAGUUUAACCUCCGGGCUAGCUGUUAGACACAAUGAGGUUGAAGCUUCUUCCAGUAGUUCAGAAUAUUCAUUUAUUGACCCAGAUUUCACUUUUCCAAUGACAAGCUCAACUUCAGUUCCAAACUCUGCUCAGUUAUUCGUUCAGGAUAUCUCCUCAGAUGUUUCAGGAUCUGAAAGUGACAAGGAAGGAGCCUUUGAUGACUAUUUCUAG